CUUUGUUGGUACGCCAGCCCUACGGGUAUGGUUUCGUCUGGAAACUGCGCCCCCCGCCGAGCCUAUCCGAGGCCCAUCCACGUUGGGUUUCCCUUUUUCCCUGCUUGGUCCUGGUCAGUGGUCAUGCUCACCCACUGGGCAUCGCAGCAACUACGGGGAUGUCCACAGUUUCUCUAGCCUCACUGCGUCGCACGCGAACUCCCUGCAAGAAUGGGAACCAGAUACCCCCUCUCCCGAAAGUCUGCUCUCUCUUGCCACCUACUGCCUGGUCGCCCGCGCUCCCGCACUCGCGACCUGCGUCUCAGGGCACGCAUGACAUUGCUCACCAGCAGUAGCGCAGUCCUGAAAAGGACUUGGUGCUGAUCAACUUUUUUGACCUGCUUGUCGAAGCCCUAGCACGCCGCCGAGAUGCUUGGAACUUGCUGGCGGGUGUCCAGUCGACAUAUCUACUCUUGCGCCCCGUCCCAUCUUCCUGCCUCAACCUAGUCACCGCUGCCCACAAUCUACAUCAAGAUGAAGAAGCCAGACGCGAUAGAAAGAAACUACAGUGCCCCGGGGACCUUGGUCGAGGAAGAGAUUGGAACAAUCGACGGCCAUGGAACAGGGCGAGAGUGUCUGAAUCCCCGGCCAUCGGAAGAUCCGCAGGAUCCUCUGAACUGGCCUCUAUGGCUCAAGAUUCUCAUACUGACCCAGGCAUCCCUUCUUGCCGCAAUUGGCGGUCUGAACACUGCUGCAAUCAACCCCGCAUUGGUAUUGCUGGCCCAAGACUUUGGGAUCAGCAAAGUUGCCGCUUCGUAUCAGACGUGAGUCUUAUCUUGACAACACCUUCGCCCGCCAACAAACUGACUUGCUCCAAGCACGGUCUGUAUAGCCCUCAACGGAAUAGCCCCUUGGCUAUGGAUCCCACUUUCGAACAAAUAUGGUAGAAGACCGGUCUACCUGGCUACAACCUUCUUGGGCUUCAUUUCCUCCUUGGGCUGUGCCUAUACCCAAUCUUUUGGCCAACUCAUUGCGGCCAGAGUCUUCAAUGGGUUCUUUCCGGUCGCAUUUGCCCUGGGUGCUGCUACUGUCACGGAUCUGUUUUUCUACCAUCAGCGCGGCAGAGCUAUGGGCUUCUUCACUGUCACGAUGGUGAACGGGAGCCACCUCGCUCCCAUUGUCGGAGGUUUACUGGGCGAAUACUGCGGCUGGCGAUGGAUCUUCAAAUUCGUGGCUAUCGUCGACGCGAUCAUGUUGAUUACUGCCUUCUUCUGUCUUCCAGAGACACUAUACCUCAGGAAAAGGUGCGUCGAUGUGUCGAAGCCGGACUUGCUCAAGCUGCCCACCGAACAUCGACCUCGAUUCACUAAAGAAGUCUACCUCUCCCGCUUGCGACUUCGUUCAAAUUUCCCUGAACUGAGACUGAGACCUAGUCAGUUUGUGCUUCCGGCCCUGAAGAUGGCCAAAUAUCCCUCAGUGCUAUUUCCGGCCCUCUACUACGCCACCAUGUAUGGUUUUGCGUCCAUUCUGCCCGCGGUGACUGUCGCCGCAAUCUUCACAGAGUUCUUCCAUUGGAACACCCUGACUAUCGGCCUCACUUACGGCGCAUCUCUCACAAUCGGAGGAGUCCUCGGCGAGUGUGUCUCGGGCUGGGUCGUUGAUCGCAUUGUCAAGCGAGAGCGAACGCGACUAGGCCGCGAUCCGGAACCGGAGGUUCGACUCAAAGCCAUCUGGGUGGGCGAGGUCAUCGUCCCGGCUGGGCUUUUGAUCUAUGGCUUUUGCCUGCAAUACCGCACAGCGUGGAUUGCGCCCAUACUCGGGAUGGGCAUCGCAUGCUUCGGGCUGCAAAUCAUCACGACGACGACGUACACCUAUGCGAUUGAUUGUUACCGCACAGAGAGCAGUGAGGUUGCGCAGCUAUUCAACUUUAUCCGUCAGGAAAUUGGUUUCACUUUCGCCUUCUAUGUUGUCCAUCUAGGGAACAAGAUCGGGUACCAGUGGACGUUCCUCAUGUUCGCGCUCAUUGGAGGGAUCCUGGCCUUCAUACCAAUGCUCUUCGUUGUGUUCAAGGGAGAACAGUGGAGAAAGAGACUUGGUAAACCGGUGGGCGUCAAUGUUCUGGACAACAUGAUGGGCACAGGGGACCAGCAUGAUCAUGUCUCUGGAUGAAACAACCUGAGCAGGGCAUAAGAACCAGACAUGUGGCACGAGACAUGGCUUAUGAAAUGCACAGGGUGAUGGCAGACUUGCAUGGGGAUUCCAAAAUCCCAUGUCACCGGGAGCAGCCCUGUCAAGCAGUGCCUCAGCUAAUGCAAGUCAUCUGCAAUCUUGCACCAGAUCUCUGCAGGGCAGGUGCAGCACGACUUCGGCACGACCCCGCGGGAAUCACGGCUCUCAGGGCUGCACGUCACUUGUACAUAUACAUAUACGAGGUGACAUCUCACUAACAGAUCUGGGGGACCCGAUGGUGCAAGCCCGAACUGAGGAUGGCGCCAGCUGGCCGGGUGUUCUGCGUGGGAGGGUUGUGUCCUUCAAGCUUCUUGCUGGAUCCCGGAGAUUUCGCUGGUACACCCUCCCCUCCCCUUAGCUGGGACCCCCCAAUAGGUGUGGAAGAUGGUCCGCCCGGAGGGACUCCGGAGCCCAUCAUCAACCAACCACCAGUCUAUCUUUCGUCGUUUAAACUUCGGACAGAUUAGAAUCAGCUCUGCUGAAGAACCUUGCAGCGGCACGCCCGUGGGAUAUCCGUUUAUUUCCGCCUGGACCUGUUCUUGUGCCGUCCAGCUGCAUUCAAUUGAGCUAGUCUUGGUCGUAACGGCGCAGUCCGCGAGAGGGCGGGCAUAAAACGGCAAGGGAAGGCGGUUCUACCACCUGAUGCUGCUCAACUGUCUUCGAUACAUAAGACCCGCAAGCUCUCGAUAUAAAGAUCCUGAAACGUCCUGCAGAAUCUCGAUUCUCAUGUUAUGCAUCACCCUGUUCUCGCCAAGCAGCGAGCUUCUGAAUGUAUGCCCGUUGUCAGGACCAUUCAUGGACCUAGUUGAUCGAGCAUGUAUCAAGCAGACUCGGAUGCCUGGUCUUUGUGUUGCCUCUCAAAGAACAUCGACAUCAAGUACCUGGUAAACGCGCAAAACUCUUUUUCGAUGAUGGGCAACCAAAAAGCAUAAAAAGUCCAAUCUCUGAAGUCCAAAAUAUCGAGAGUUUGACCUCUGAUUUGCCAAUCUCAUUGAACAAAGAAGGGGAUGACAGGGCAGCCUUGAGAGCUUUUGGGCUUCUCCUUGUCCACAACCUAGGACGAAACGGAUUUUCUCUACUACGGCCGGAAAUCUGGCAAUGUUAACCUACCGAGUACUUUUACAUGGUGUGUCUCUUUGAGACAACUGGGCCCACGGCGGCAUGUCAUACCGGACCGUCGAUGGCCAUGUUGCUGUGCUAUUGCUCCGAGGGAAUUUCACAUGACCAGACCGAAUGGGACUGAGGAUUAUGUGUCACAAUACUACUCGUACGUGCCACAGCCGACAGUUCUCGAGUCAUGACAAGAGUGGAGAUCCCUGUCUACUACAAUGUCGAGCAGCAGGGUUGCCGGAACAUGGCCGCGCUCCGAGGUUCGAGAUAGCCGCGGCGGCAAGAGGCCUUGCGCUCUCGCGUUCUUGGAAUCUCGAAGCUCUCGAAAGUCCCUGGUUGAACCUCGAAGCUUUGGCGUGGGUGAUAAGACCUCUGUGGGGUCCCGGUUAGCGCCCUAGACUGCGAGAUGAAGCUACCUGGUCAGGACAAAUUUGAGCUCGGAAGAGUCCGAGCGGAAGGGCGCCGCCAAUCGAGAUCGCUUUCUAAGUGUACGCAGACAGAGAAGCGCUCUUGGUGGCUAUCCCCGACGGACGAGUAGGAGGGUGUCUCUCCACUUUGAGGUUUCGGGAAACGUGCCCGCCAGCACGCGAGAAGGACAGGCAUUGCGUGGAGAGCAGGCUGGCCUACCUGGGCAGGUGGUGUCUUCCAAUAAAGGACAAGUCCAAAGUCAGUGUCAGGACCCGGUCCCAGUUCAUGUGAGGUUAGGAAAUGUGAGGUGAGGUAAGACAACGAGGAGCCGGAAGGGAGAUGCGCGGCAAAAGACGGGGGGAGAGGGGAGAGGAAGGGCUGAGGACUCUGGAUGCUGGAAAUCUAGCUCCCGCCCUGGGGCAUCGCUGGAGAGUAGACGAGGCAUUUGAGAGGACGGGCAUUCGCCGGCCGGGGGGAGAGGGGGGAGAAAGACUUCGUACCUAGUAACCCGAAAAGAGGAUAGCAAGACAAGUAUCAAGUAUAAAUACAAGAAAGAAGGCGA